AUUUAUCUUGCAUUUUGCUUUGUCAAUAUCAUCCCCCUGUUUUGGAUUUGUUAUCGUCUCUGAUACCACCCAAAAUUAGCAAACAAGCUGUAAAGUUUGAGCCUUUAUAUCAUUUUGAUGAAUCUUGAUCGGUAACAGUUCCCUCAUUUAUGUCAUUAGCCUAUCCUAUCCGUUCAAUUAAUUUUCUGCAAGUUUCAUGAACUGGAGCUAGGGUUCCAUUUUCUACGUGUGACCCAUUAAUCUUUCUCAUUCUCUACCUGUAGUCUGAGAUUUGUGCAGCAGAAAACCCCACUUUGAGUUUCAGUAAUCCCACGACGUUUUGCCUCUACUUGACCGUUAUGGAGACCGCUGAGCUACAAAGGGUUGGAGUCGUUCAACGUGUUCCUCUGCUUAUCAUUAACUUCGUUGCUGGAGCUCUGGUUUUGCUCUGUGCUCUUGCUGGAUUUUUCACAGGAGGUAUUGCUGGUGCUUUAGCUGGAAAAGCUUCUGAUAAAGGUGUUGUUCGUGGAGCUGGACUGGGUGCUGUUGCUGGGGCUGUACUCUCUGUAGAGAUUUUGGAGGCGUCACGUGAUUUACUGCGACUAGGUCGGCCUGGUUCACGAAGAUCUUCAUUGAUGGCAGAAAUUACAGAGGAGCUUAUUUGUUGGAGAUUUGAGGAGGAAAACUUAGCACCACCAGAAGGGCACACUGCUAACCAGUGGCAGGUUACCUUCGCUAAUCUUCGCCGUGAUGAGAUUUAUGAUGCCUUUGGAGGAUCUGAAACUAAAGGGCUGUCAAGGGAUGUGCUGAAGAAACUACCAUCUCAUGUGAUUGUUGGGGAUACCAGGGCAGCUCAAGGUUUCUGUUGUACGAUAUGUUUGCAGGAUGUUGAAGUAGGAGAAAUUGCAAGGACCCUGCCCCUGUGUCAGCAUAAAUUUCAUCUGGCAUGUGUGGACAAGUGGCUCAUCAGACAUGCUUCGUGCCCGUUAUGCAGACAAAAUGUGUGAAUGAAAUACAUGUAUUUUGUGUACAGUGGUGUUUCAAAGAGAAGUUACUAGCCCAUUAGUAAUGUAUAUAAUGGUUAUGGUCUUGUCCUGUACUUUUAACCUUUGCAGUUUGGGGGUUUGUUUUUUUUUGUUCUUUUUUCUGUGCAGUGUAAAUAACAUAGUUCCUUAUGAGGCAUUAUGUUACUCCUUUUAAAGAUGGAGUGGAUAUUGAAAGUUGCUGUUUUAGAUGCAAGUUAUCAAUACAAAAAUUUCAGAAAUGUUGGGAAAGAAACUUUUUGCUUUGCAAUGAAAAUGCAUUUGUGUA